AUGUCAAUCUCUCUUCCUACAACUAUUACCCCUCUUGGAAUCGGAGAGCUUUAUGACAAGGUAAUUAGAGCUGGGAACAUACAAGAUGUCAUGGCAAUAUCAAACUUUCUAAACCCGGAGGAAGAGAAGGAUAUACAAGAUGGGAUGGAGGAAUCGGGACCAGAAGAGGUUUUAAAUGAGGUCUUAGAGGAGCAUCUAGGCCAAGGCAGUACCCAAGAUGAUGACAAAGAGGAGGAGCAGCUAGAGCAGCCUGUAUUUACUAUACAGAGUGCUUGUCAAGCUCUACAAGUUCUGAUUGGGUUUGCUGCAGGUCAAGAUGCUCUCAAGGCAGAGCAUUUAUGA